GCGAAACACGUGUUUCACUGGGACAAUAGUGAGUGGUGCACACUUCCUUCGCCCGUUUACAGAACAAAAAAAAAAGAGUCCCAUUUAAGAGUUGCUGGUGUAACAAUAGGAAGAAUAUAUUCCACUCCUCUCUUCUACACGCGGCUUAUGAGACGUCUGUGAAAAAUAUCGUCCACCUGAGCGACAGGAGGGGUCCUCCAGUAUGGAGCAGAAAAGGUCACAGCACCUCUAUGUGAAAGAAGAGGAGCUACAGCCCCCCCACUUUAAAGAUGAGAAAAAACAGGGACUGUCCCCCCACUUCAUAGAGGAAGACAAACACCUUAUCAGUGUGAAGAGUGAAGAUGAUGAGGUCAAAGGUGAGAGUAAACAGAAGUGGAAUUUCAGGAUGCGGACGGAGGAUCCACAGCCCUUUCACAUUAAGAAGGAAGAAAAAUACCCACUGAUCCCCCAUUUUAAAAAGGAAGCGGUGGAUUUACUGAGCCCUCACUUUAAGGAUGAAGAGGAGGACCCACUGACCCUGCACAUUAAAGAUGAAGAGGAGGAACACAGCAUCAGUCAGCAGGGAGAGCAUUUUGAAGAACUGGAGGAGGUUGAUUUCCCCAAGAUGCCAGUGACUGGUGUCCCUGUGAAGAGUGAAGAUGAUGAGGUCAAAGGUGAAAGUGAGGAGAGGGGAGGGGGGGAGCCUCCAAGCAGCAGCUCAACACAACACAUGACAACAGAAGCUGAUGGAGACCACUGUGGAGGAUCACAAGCAGACAAGCUCUUAGCUCCACUAUCAGAUAGUGAGGACACAACGUCACACUCUCCUGACACUGAUGAUGAAGACUCUAAAGAUGAUAAGACAUGUCACACUGACAACACUCACUUCACAUGUUCUCUCUGUGACAAAACUUUUAAAUACCAUUGUAGUCUGAAAAGACACAUGAGAACACACACUGGAGAAAAACCUUUUUUAUGUUCAAUCUGCGGUAAAAGUUUUACUCAAAAGCACAAUUUCAAAACACAUAUGAGAACACACACUGGCGAAAAACUUUUUUCAUGUUCAAUCUGCGGUAAAGAUUUUACUCAAAGGUACCAUUUGAAAACACACAUGAGAACACACACUGGCGAAAAACCUUUUUCAUGUUCAAUCUGUGGUAAAGAUUUUACUCAAAAGCCCAAUUUCAAAGCACACAUGAGAACACACACUGGAGAAAAAAUAUUUUCAUGUUCAAUCUGCGGUAAAGAUUUUACUCGAAGGGACCAUUUCAAAACACACAUGAGAAUACACACUGGCGAAAAACCAUUUUCCUGCUCAGAAUGUGGUAAAAGUUUUGUAAUAAAUCAAAGUUUAAAGGUACACAUGAGAACACACACUGGUGAAAAACCUUUUUCGUGUUCAAUCUGUGGUAAAGAUUUUACUCAAAAGCACAAUUUCAAAACACACAUGAGAACACACACUGGAGAAAAACAUUUUUCAUCUUAAAUCUGCGGUAAAGAUUUUACUUGAAGGGACCGUUUCAAAACUCACAUGAGAAUACACACUGGAGAAAAACCUUUUUUCUGCUCAGAAUGUGGUAAAAGUUUUGUAACAAAUCAAAAUUUAAAAGUACACAUGAGAACACACACCAGAGGAAAACCUUUACAAUGUUCAGUAUGUGGUAAAAGUUGUAUAAAAAGACGGCAAUUAAAGUUACACAUGGGGACUUACCCCGGUGAAAACCCAUACUCCUGUUCAAGCUGCAACAAAAGCUUUCGUCGCCAACAAUCUUGUACAGCACUCAUGAAGAACACACACAGGAGAGAAAGUGUUGAGUUGCAGUGUGUGUGGUGAAAGAUUGUCUUCUAAGUACCAGUGUAAGAAACACAAGUGUGCUGGUGAGAACAGCAGCACCAAAUGAAACUGCAGGAUUUGAAAUAAACUGUCAAAACUUUAACUUUGACUUGCUAACAACAUCAGCACAUAUAACAUGUGUGACAUCAUUGUUGUGUGUGUAACACAAUUUUGUUAUUAUGAUUGUAACAUUUAUAGAUUAGACACUUAAGAUUAGUGCUUUUAUUUCAGUCAAGUACAUGAGUUAAUAUACACAUUUGUGUACUUUAAAAUGAACAGAACAAAUUGAAAGGGUAAGAAUAAACAGUAAAUAAAAUAUGUCACAUACAGUAAACAUUGUAUGUGUAGAUAUUCAUAAUUCACUUGUAUACUUACUCAUAAUAGUGUUUUAUUUAUGUUUUUGAAAUAAUGAGGUGUUACAUAUUUUAUUUUCUAGUUGUAGGUUAUUCCAUUGAUGAAGUCCUUUAUAUGAUGUACAUAUUUGUUUUAAAUGUGUUCAUACAUUUGCUUUUGAGUACACAUGAAUCCCUCUUAGUUCAUAUUUACUGGUUCACAUCUGAAACAUCUGUUGGACUUCUUCUGGAAGCACAUUAUUUUAUACUUUAUGCAUCAUUUAAGCAGUUGUCUUUCAUACAAGAUCAUUUACUUUUAAAAUGUGUGACUUUAUAAAUCACUUGUUGGUUGUCUAUUAUCCAUUCUAUUAAUUAUCUUAAUUAGUCUCUUUUGUAAUGUGAUGAUUGUUUUAUAUGUAUGUCCCCAUACCUUUAUGCAAUAAACAAUGUAUUCUUCAA